AUGCCGUGUUAUGGACGAGCUUGCACGGCUCGAGCGAGAGCUGCGAAAACUUAUAUUGAGGAGAAAACAAAUUCAGCUUCAAAUACCGAGAUAUCGCGCAAACUUGCAGUAUUACAGGAUCCAAACGAGCACUUUUUAAACUGCUGUGGACUACUCGAGGUUCCUGUGCAAUGCUUGGCAAUGUGCACCUUUGAUGGAUACAACUCCUCAUCAGUACACUCAGUUCUUGGCAUGACAUCGACGUGCCCAGUUACUGCUUUGCCUCACAUCCACUUUUGCGCUGCUCGCGGUGUCAACCACACACAAUGUUGCAAAGCUGGUGGUGUCAGUGACGAAUGUCUAACGUUUUGUGACCAGGCAAGUACAGAAACUUUGCGACCAUUCACUCCAUCCAUUUAUACUGGCGAUUAG